AUGGACUUCCCUCUGAAAUGCCACCUUGAGAAGCUAGAAUGCCACUUUACCUGGGAUCUGGGGUGCUAUAAACAUAAGCUCCAAGAGUUAUCAGAUGACUUUCAUGACAUGGACCAGCAGACGUGCACUUGGCAGGUUCACAACAACAACCUGCUUGGCUACAUCCAAUAUGCUCUUGGCUCCAACAAAAAGGCACUGCUGCACUUCUGCAAAGCAGAAAGUGUGAUCCAGGAGCAGGGAACAGAAGAGGCUGAAGCCAGGCUGCAGGUGAACAAAGCUAACAUGGCUUGGGUACACUUUCUGUUGGGAAACACGGCUGAGAGCAAAGCAUACCUAGAGGAGGUAGAGAAGCUCCAGCAAAUGCACCCUGCUCCACCUGGUUGCAUGUUACACCCAGAAGUUAGUGGUGAAAAGGCCUGGACAUUAGUGAAGUUUGACUAUUCAAAGAAAAGGCAGUCAAUUGAUUUAUUUAGAAUGGCCUUGAAAGCAGAACCAGAAAGGAAGGAAUGGCACAAAGGUCUUGCCAGUGCAAUGUCCAGGCCAUUACUAAUGUCUGAAUUUACUACAGAUGAGGUUCUAAAGCAGUUGAAAAGGGCAAUAGAGCUAGACCCAGAUAGUGUGUUCCUACAGUCCCUUUAUUGGCUAAAAUUGUCUGAGGUGCCGGCAAACUAUAAAAAUAACUAUGAUAAAGAAGUGCAAAGUUUACUACAAAAAAACAUUGAUACAGGAAACAUGGAGGGAUUGGGUGUUAUCCUCCAGUAUUUCCAAAACAUUUCCGUGGACAAAGCUAUUCAAGAGGGAGAGAGAGUUCGAGAAAAGUUCCCUACCUCCCCUAGAGUUUUGAGAAAUGUGGCAAACUUAUAUAAAUCUAAGGUUUACUCGAUGAAUAAAGACAGCAGAGAAAAGCAGGCUUUGGUUGAGAUGUCCAUUGAUCUCUUUGAGGAGGUCCUCAAACAUUAUCCUCGUAAUUUCAAAGUAAAGCUAUCUCUUGCAACAAUGUACCAAAAUGCACACAACAUUGAGAAAGCAAAUGAGAUAUACAGUGAGCUCCUAUUAGAGAAAGAUGAUCUCCCUCCUGAUAGACUACAGUAUCUAUACUAUAGUUAUGCCUGCUAUCUAUUCCAUUCUAGACAGUCUAGAGAAGAUGAAUCAAUCCUUUUUUACAUGAAAGCAGCAGAAAUCCCAGAUAACAGAGGUUGUAGACAGAAGUGUAUAAAAGUUCUUGAAAACACCUUGAAGAGCGGUAGAGAUCCUCGCUGUGAGGACAUUUUAUGUUUACUGCAGAGAAUUCGGCAAGAAAACAUUUAA